AUGGCUAGCAUGACAUCACGUACUGAGUUACCUCUAGGAGAGGAUGCACCGUUUCAAACCGCGGGUAGAACAGACUCUGCAAACCUAGACGGCAAUUCACUUAUUGUUCAUUCUCAAGUUUCCCAAUAUAGUUGGUUGACACGUUGGCGGAGCACGAUAAUCGUAACGAGUCUCGCGAUUCUCAUUGCCCCUUUUACGUCCCUAGGCAGUUGGUUGUCACUGGCAGAAUCUCCUAUUGACCCAACCGACUAUGCCCUGCGGACAAAGCAUAUACUAAAGACGACACCGCUAAUUGAUGGUCACAAUGACUUUCCAUGGCUCCUCCGUGUUGAAUUACACAACCGUAUUUAUGAUGGGAAGUUUGAUCCAAAACAGCGUUUACUUGGCCACACAGACAUUGGUCGAAUGAGACAAGGGAUGAUGGGAGGUCAAUUCUGGAGCGUACACGUCAAAUGCGACGCGGCGCAGAAACAUUUUGAGGAUCCAUCUUGGAUAGUGCGGGAUACCCUUGAACAGAUCGAUGUGGCCAAGCGCUUUAUCGCGGAGUCCCCAGAGGUCUUCACUUACUGUGAAAAUCCUUCAUGUGUUCGUGUUGCAUUUCGGAAUGGUCGUAUUGCUAGUAUGUUGGGUAUCGAGGGCGGUCAUCAACUUGGAGGCUCCAUUGCUGCCGUUCGCCAGGCGUACGACCUCGGCGUUCGGUAUAUCACAACUACGCACAACUGUGAUAAUGCAUGGGCAACAUCUGCUUCGACUGUCGCUCGUGGGGGCCUUGAUAAAGGACUUACGCCACUUGGCGCCGCCUAUGUUCGGGAGAUGAAUCGUCUAGGUAUGAUGAUUGAUCUCUCGCACGUUUCUCAUCAGACUAUGCGAGACGUUUUAUCUAUCACUAAAACACCCGUGAUAUUCUCCCACUCGGGAGCAUAUUCAGUAACCCCUCAUCUACGCAAUGUACCCGACGAUGUUCUUCGCAACGUUCGCCGAAAUGGGGGAAUUGUGAUGGCUGUAUUUGUGAAUCGUUUCUUAAAUAUGCGGGAUUCGGGGGCAGUUACAAUACACGACGUGGUAGAUCACAUAUGGCAUCUCGCUCAAACUGCCGGUUGGGAGCACGUUGGAAUUGGGUCCGAUUUUAGCGGAACCCCUUUUACCCCUAAUGGUCUUGAGGACGUUUCUAAAUACCCUGAUCUAAUCGAGCUUAUAAUAGCUCGUGGGGCUACUGACGAUCAAGUCAAACUUGUAGUAGGAGAAAAUAUACUACGCGUAUGGGAGUCGAUUGAGCGUAGAGCUCGAGAGAUUCGGGCCAAAGGUGAAAACCCCGUCGAGGAGGAAUGGGAAGGUCGAAAGUGGCACAAGGGCUACAAGAACUCGCCUUACAUGUACCAGGAAACUCGAGAGAGGGCAGCACAAGAGGAUUGGGGCCACCCCGAUCAGUUUAAUGUUGGUAAGUCCGGACAACAUGGCACUGUAGUUAAGGACGAAAAAGACCUUUAA